AACGUGUCAGUCACAGAAAUCUCGUCUUCUCCGAAAACGUCCUGCGCGUAACAAACUCUUAUAUAACAACACCCUUCUUUUUCUCUUUUCAGUUUACGUUUACGUUUACGCAUUCACUCGCUUAUAUCGUCUUCCUCCGUUUUUUUCUUUCUCGUGAAACGCUUCUUCCAACUAUGCCUGCCCCAUUGAUUCUGGUUACUGGCGGAGCCGGUUACAUCGGUAGCCACACCAUCCUUCAGCUUCUCUUCGGCGGUUACCAUGUCUUCGCCGUCGACAACUUCGACAAUUCUUCCGAAACCGCCAUCAACAGAGUCAAGGAACUCGCCGGAGAAUUAGCAAAUAACCUUUCCUUUUGCAAGCUUGACUUGCGGGACAGAGCUGCCCUCGAGAAAAUAUUUUCAACCGUAAAGUUUGAUGCCGUCAUACAUUUUGCUGGGCUUAAAGCAGUGGGUGAAAGCGUGAAGAAACCACUGCUCUACUUUGACAACAAUUUGAUAGGGACAAUCGUUCUAUUUGAAGUCAUGGCUGCCCACGGAUGCAAGAAGCUUGUGUUCUCAUCUUCAGCAACUGUAUAUGGGUGGCCAAAGGAGGUCCCAUGUACCGAAGAGUUCCCUUUGUCAGCAACAAACCCAUAUGGACGAACCAAGCUUUUCAUCGAAGAAAUUUGUCGCGAUAUCCACCGUGCAGAUUCAGAUUGGACAGUUAUACUAUUGAGAUACUUCAACCCAGUUGGUGCACAUCCCAGUGGUUAUAUUGGUGAGGAUCCUCUUGGAAUUCCAAACAAUCUCAUGCCCUUUGUUCAACAAGUGGCAGUUGGCAGACGCCCUGCAUUGACAGUUUUUGGAAGCGAUUAUAAAACAACUGACGGCACUGGAGUUCGUGAUUACAUUCAUGUUCUUGAUUUAGCAGAUGGGCAUAUUGCUGCGUUGCGUAAACUGGAUGAUCCUAAAAUAGGUUGUGAGGUUUAUAACUUGGGAACAGGAAAGGGAACAUCAGUUUUGGAGAUGGUAAACGCUUUUGAACAGGCCUCUGGAAAGAAAAUUCCACUUGCAAUGGCGGGUCGGAGACCUGGUGAUGCUGAAAUUGUUUAUGCAUCAACAGAAAAAGCGGAAAGAGAACUUAAAUGGAAGACUAAAUAUUGCAUCGAUGAUAUGUGCCGAGAUCAAUGGAAUUGGGCAAGGAAAAACCCUUAUGGCUAUGGUGGAUCUGAAGAUUCCUCCAAUUGAUGUCGAUUAUUGUUGGAUAAUAUAGCCAUACAUGUUCUCUUUUGGGGUCUUUUUAACCCUGUCAACCAAUAGGUCCCUAAAGUUUUUGUUUAGCUAUUCUAAGGUGGAAAAUCGUUUCCUAAUUUAUUAUGAAUUCUAAUAAUGUGGUAAACAAGUAGUGGUUUAGUUUACUUUUACGAUUAUUUAGGUUCCACCUCACAUGAUAUUGAAUGGGGGUAUUCUCUCAUGUUCUUCAAUUUAAACUACACAUCAUAGAGUUUGACUAACCGGUAUAAUCUUACCUUACCGCAUUAUCCACAAUAAUAAAGUUUUAAAUAGCAUUAUAUA